UUCAAGACAAUCAGAAUUGGCGCGCCAUAUUUUGAGAGAAAACUGUUGAAAUUUCAGUCUUUUCUUUUGUCUUUAUAGAAAAAUAUUCCUUUCUCUAUGUUAUACAUCGAAAGAGAUUGAAUGGUAGAGAGAGAGAGGUUGUGUGUGUAUAUGAAGUAGACUUUUUAAGAGUUGCCAAGUUUCAUCUUGGACUAUAUUUGUUCUUAAGAAAAGGUUCAAAUUGGUCUAGGCUUCAAACAGACUUGUGUUUUCUUCCCAUCUAUAGCAAGUUUUGUUUUAAGCCAAGACAACUUUUUGCGAGAAAGAAUAGCAUUCAAUAUAAACAUACAAACAUUUCCAAGAUUCAGUCUUGAACAAAAACCUUUCCCGUCUUGUUGUUUUCAAAUUUUAGGAAAACAACUUCCAGUUUGAUUUGAAGAAUAAUCCUCGAUUCUCAAGCCGUAUAACCACGUGUAUCUCCAUUCAUUCCACACGAUCGUAGCCAAUAUCAGUUUUUAUCCAUUGUGAUUUCUGUAUGAUAUGUUAAGUUUCUUUUCAAAAAGACGAUCCAUUUCAGACAAUGCACACAAGUUUAUUCAGAAUAUUUCUAUUUUAAUUGAAAAAGACAUUCAGAGUGAUACUUAUGAUAUAGACAAAGUUCGGUUGGAAGUCUCCAAGUUUCUUGAUGAAGUAAAGAAUAUUCUCCUUCGUGCUGAAAGCGAACAGUCCAAGAGUCGUGGUUUAGAAAGUGUACCUGAAGGUGAAACUGUUUCCGAGUCCAGUGGAUCUUCUUCAGCGGAUAAAGAGGCAGCCACUGAAGUAACAUCAAUAGCAGGAGAGACAGAUUUUUUACUAUUAUUAGCACAAGGAAUGCAUGAACUGGAUUUUGAGGCACGUAAGGACGCAGCACAAGUGUUCAAUAACAUUCUACGAAGGUGUGAGACACAGAGGUUACACACCUCUUUGAAAGCAGCUGGAUCUCCUGUGAAACCAACGGCUUUAGAUCGAAUAGCAAAUACUCCACAAAUUUUGGAAGCUUUGAUCAAAGGCUACGAACAUACAGAAACUGCUCUUCCUUGUGGUUCUAUGCUCAGAGAAUGCAUUCGAUAUGAAACUUUAGCAGAAAUGUUACUCUAUUCUGACCUGUUUGGUUUAUUUCUUGGUUAUAUUGAAAGCAACAACUUCGAUGUAGCUUCAGAUGCAUUUUCUAGUUUCAAGGAUCUUCUUACAAAGCAUAAACAAGUGGUCGCUAAAUAUUUACAGUCAAACUAUGACCAAGUCAUGAAUCAGUAUUUUCGCCAAUUGUUGCAGUCUUCCAAUUAUGUGACUAGAAGACAGUCGCUUCGUUUAUUGAGUUCCUUGUUGACGGAACGAACCAAUCUCCCUAUUAUGAGACAAUAUAUUUCAGAGACGCACAAUCUGAAGAUCGUGAUGAAUUUAUUACUAGAUAGAAGCAAGAGUAUUCAAUUUGAAGCCUUUCAGAUAUUCAAGAUAUUUGUAGCUAAUCCUAGCAAACCCAAAGACAUUGAAGAUAUUUUAUGGAAGAAUAAGGAGCAGCUUGUGAAGUUCUUGGAUCAUUUUCAUGAAGAUAGGGCAGAUGAGCAGUUUCAAGAAGACCGCAAAAUGAUUAUAGAAGAGAUUAGAAAUUGUAUAGGAAAGGAAUCCUUCAGUUCAGAAUAGUCAUAAUGUAUUUAGAAAGGGUUUUGA